GAAAGCUGCUAAAGCAACAUUGAUUCUGGUACCCCUACUUGGUCUUCAGUUCUUCCUGUUUCCUGUUCGACCAGACGGGAAUUCAAACUUGUAUCCGAUCUACCUGCACGUCAUAGCUUUCCUGCACGCUUCGCAGGGAUCACUGGUUUCCAUUAUCUUUUGCUUCUGUAACGGAGAGGUCAGAUCUCUUGUGGGUCGAAAGUGGCUCCAGCACCGACUGAUGUCUGGAAGUGUCCGGAAAAAUACUGGCAUUACAUCACAGACAUUUGUGGACGGGUAUUCAGUGGUUGACAGCACCCGUGAAGCCACCAACUUACAGUGUGUGGUCACUCAAGACAUUCACAAGAACAACGUGAGUGGUUUCUUGUCCACAACAAUAGUUAAUUUCUGUUUUAGAACCAAACAACUCGCUCAAUUUGGCUCAGG